AUGUCGCGAUGUGCCAGCAGAGAUUUAUCGAGAUCGAUAAAAUCGAUAAGCCAACAAGAUUCAGUGGAUUCAGAGUCAGACAAAACAGACAAAUCCACUCGAUGGUGGGAAGUUCUGUGGGAAGACUAUGUAGAGACCUACACCGUGCCACAAGUGGCCAAGAUCAAGGCACCACGAUUACAACUUUGCUACCUGGGUGUGUUUGCCUUUGGCCUUGUGGCUAUAAUCAUUUGGUUGUAUUGUACUUUGCAGCUCUGGGACUUCAAUCCAAUUUCUAUGUCUAAUUCGUUUUUGCAACUGGCACCACCCUGGGCUCGUGCAGAGACAUGGUGCUAUGACUACGAUUAUGAUUGUGCCGAGGAACCCCGGUCCGCAAAGAACCUCACUUACUGCACACGAGAUGCACUAGACCAGAUGACGGAUGAGAUCCAUCAAAACUUCUUCUCAGAUGCCUCUUUCAUUCAAGCCCGCUGGCCAAAUGGUGUCCCUGAAGUCUCGGCUGAGUGUAGACAAUUCGAUGUUCACGAGGUGCUGGAAGAGGAGGGUAAGCCACUAGUGAUGACAGCACGCAUGAUUACUUUGCAAGAUCGCUGUGCAAACCCAGACACUGAGGGUUGCCUUUGGCGUAAUCAGGGUUUGCAAGUGGAUGUGGUUCAGGAUGUGGAGCGCUUCUUCCUGAAGAUACGUCACGAUGUGGUUGCCAAGGAUGAGCCAGCAUCCAACGCGUUCUCAACGGGCUUUGUCAUGGUGAAGGGCAAGAAGAUGCAACUUCACUGUGCCGACAAAGGCAGCUGUGCAUCGAAAGACAUGGCAAGCGAUUUUGACUCAUGCAACAUGUCUGAAUGUUGGAGCACUCGCUUCGCUGACUAUUUGUCACUGGACUUGGUGAUGAACGCAUCCAAUAUUUCGCUGGACUCCCGCCUUCCGUUACCUAGUGAAGCCAUUGAAGAUGAUGAGUUGAAAUUGCCGAUGUUUUCCCAGCGCUUGCUGGGGGUCUCGUUAGCUAUAGAUAUCAAAUACGAGAACGCGCAGCAAGCCCAGGUUUGGCCGCCACAGUGGAGAGGGUUCACGAAGCGAUACACAUACACCUUCCGCAAAAUGAACGACUAUGCCUCCGAAUCGGAUCUUGAGGGUGUAACAGACCAACAUCGCACCUUCAUUCGGAAGUUCGGCAUCAAGAUUUUCGUAAACUUUUCCGGAGAACUUGCAUCCUGGGAUUGGCUCUAUGCCCUCAAGCAGUUUGCGAUCUUGCAGGUUCUUUUCACGUUGGCCAUGUGGUUCAUGAACAACGUUAUGAUUUGGAUCUACCGGCGAAUCCCCUGGUUGAAGCACCUCCCUGCCAUGAAAAGUCACUACGCAGAGUUGAAGUCCAUCUCAGAUGAGAAGUUCAAGAAGAGGAUCAAAGAUGAAAGCAAAUUCAGGAAGACGACAGAGGAAAAAUCCCAUCGAAGCUUCAAGCAAACCCAACGUGAAUGCAAGACUUCAAGUGAAGACGAAGAAUCCGAAGAAGCAGAUUGA